AUGCGAACACCAGCACCAACGGGAUCCACGAUCUGCCAGACUUCAGCAAUCUCUUUGGUCAUAUUAGUGUGUCAAACUCAAGCGGUCUGUCAGUUGCAGUCACGCUCGAUUCCGCAUUGAUUCGCGAGGCUCGCCAGAGGUUGAAUCUCCACCCUGAUCCAGUGCGAAGUCCUUCUGCCACCAGACACACUUGCUCGCUUGUGUCAGGAUCCCCGACAUGGCCUCGCUCGCUGCAGUCAGGAACGCGGGCCGGCUACAUGCUAGAGGUAUCGGAGCCAGCGCUGUUGCUGAAGGCAGUCGCGCUGUCUCGUCGACUGCGAAGGUUCCAGCUGCUCCAGCUUCCGAUGCUGGUCCAUCUGUCCUUGAACUGAGCCCAUCUGCCAGGCGGCUCGAGUCGCCUGCUGGAAGGCUGUCAGGAAUGCCCACUAGUAGACCCGACCCAAAUUCCUUGCCAUCGCCGUUCGAAGCUGCCAAGGUCCAUCCGCAGACACAUGGGCAUCACGUAGCCUCGCUACAUCUCAGAGUGUACCGGUCACCCGCAACGCUCGAGAAUCUGGACUUCUUUGCAGACUUCGCGUUGCGGUCAGCAUAUGCUCUAGGGAUGCCAUGCACCAGACCUGCCAUGCUUCCAACUACCAUGAGCCUUUGGACAGUGCCAAGGGGACCAUUCGUCCACAAGAAAAGCCAGGAAAACUUUACGAGGCACACCCACUCCAGAGUGCUCAAGGUUUACGAUUCGCAUCCUGAGGUGGUGGACAGAUGGCUUCAAUGGUGUCGCAUACACGGUAUGGCUGGCGUUGGACAAAGAGCGGAGGUGUUUCGACACCACCCCAUCACUCUCGGUCAAGACAUGGCAGACUCUGCUGUACGUCAAUUGACAGGAGGAGAUGUACUGCCCUCGUCGAAGGAGCAUGCACAGCAGGGCGAGGCUGACUUCAUGCAAGACACGGAGACAUCAGAGGGCAACAUCAAACGUCUAGCUAAGCAAGUUCGGCAAGACUUGGACAAAGCCGACGAGGAAGGCCGCAAAGCUUUGGAGGUCGAGCGAGCUGCACUGGGCAACGCGAGUGGAUUGUCAGCAGCCGAGCAGACAUUUGCGAGCUCCGCGGACGAGCCCCAAAGUACGGGUGCUUCGCUGGAACUGCAGCCCAAUGCUGUCGAGAUCGAGGCGAAGGAGGAGAUGGCGGACAGCAAUGUCGAGGCGCUUUCUGUGAAUGAGCAAAGUGUUCAAGCCGAAGCUCAGGCUUUCGCUGCGGCAGCUUCCACCUCUGCAGCGACCACUGGCCAGUUGGAACAGGAUCCAGAAAGAAGCACUCCUGCCCAAGUUGAAGUUGAGGAAGCCGCUCAGGAGACAGAGGCAGCAGACGCGACACCGCAACUCUCGCAGCGUGGUGCGCACUUGUCUCUUGCUGCAGAACCAGCGCAGCAAAGGCAGUCCGCCGCGGAAACGGUACCAAAGCAGCCCGAGGGCGCAAAUACAACUGCAAUGUCCGCAUCCGAGGCAGAAAGUCAGAUUGAGAAGCAGGUCGAAGUGGCGGAGGAACAAACAAAGGCUGAUACUAGCUCAACGAAACAAGAAGAGCUGGAAAUGGAGAAGGCGAAGGCGGAAGGGGAAAAGCAGGAUCGAUGAGGUCGUAUGCUGAUGCAAAUGUUGGGAAUGUGAUGCUCAUGAUACGUGUAUGCGCAAAGUGAGGGAUCGACGGCGUGGAUGCGGCAAAUCUGAUACCGUUGGUAGGGUGCACGGUAUCUUUCUUGACACAUUUGUCACAUUUGAAACCCAGGAGAGGUAUCCACG